AGUAACUAAAAGUAUUUAAUAAAUGUAGUGGAGUAAAAGUACACUUAUACCUCUGAAUUGUUGUUGGGAAGAAGUCCAAAGUAGCAACAAAUUGAAAUAUUCAAGAAAAGCACAAGUAUCUUGACUUAGUUACAACACUAUAAAGUAGUAUAGAGAACAAAAAAGGAAUACAUUUCAGUUGAAAUUGAACUUUUUUUAAAAUUUUGUAUUAUUCUUUGCGAAAUUAACUGAUUACAGAGGGUUAGGCGAGCCCCUGAAGGCAUCACGAGCCCUAGCAACCACCACUACUACUGUUACGUGUACCAUAGCAACCAUGGAGGGUGAGCUUUCGUUAAUGGAAGAAAAAGGCAAAGAGGUCACUCAAGAACAAAAAGAACUCCUCUACAACCAAGUCAAAGAACUCAAAUGUUCCAAUGCAGCCCUCCUGGCAGAGAUCGACAUGUUGGAGCGGUUCAUCGGUCGACUGGAUCCUCAGGACCUGGUGUCUCAAGCUGGGGGGGACGAUUCGGGGGCAGCAGGAGACUCCCAGCUGGAGGGUGGGGGUCGUGGACCGAGGCGGCGAUCCCAGUCCAACAUAUCGGAUCGCCUCCAGCAGCUGACCUUGGAACAAAAACUUUAUGUGGCACAGAGAGAAGUAGCAGAGACACGACAGGACCAGGAGAAACUCAAACAGAGACAUGACCAAAUUCAGGACAACUACAAGGCCUCUAUGGAAGAAGCAGAUUUGCGUCUUGCCGAAAUCAGGAAGGCUAAGAUCGACUUUGAACGCAGAAUGGUCAAACCUAUGAAGGACAAAAGGUUUGAAAUGAUGGAGCCCAACAAGGUGCUCCGGUACAUCGAAGACAAGUCAAAGGUCACACAGGUGGAGAAGUUGACUCGGAAGAACCAUGCACUGAAGGUCCACGAGAAGAAGCUCCAGCAGCAGCUUCAACAGAAGAAAGAGACGGGGAAAGCCGAGUACGAGGUAGAUGAUGAGAAUACCAGACGCCAGGUAGCAGCAGCUCUACCUACCCCUGCCACUGGUCCACUUCACCAUCUCCAACCCGGCGACUUCGUGCUGGUCAAGGAUUUCCGGAGAAAGAGCUGGAAAUCCAACCGUUGGAAAGGUCCCUACCAGAUGCUUCUCGUCACCCAGACUGCGGUCAAGAAUGCCGAGAGACCCACGUGGGUCCACGCCAGCCACUGCAAGGUCGUAGUCACAGGCCAGGAGAGACGGUAG